AUGGAGGCGCAGCCGCCGCUCUACCCGGUGGCCGGGGCCGCGGGGCCGCAGGGGGACGAGGACCGGCUCAGGCUCCCCGAUGGGCCCGGCGCGCCGCUGGACGAGCUGGUGGGCGCGUACCCCAACUACAACGAGGAGGAGGAGGAGCGCCGCUACUACCGCCGCAAGCGCCUCGGCGUGGUCAAGAACGUGCUGGCGGCCAGCGCGGGCGGCGCGCUCACCUACGGCGUCUACCUGGGCCUCCUGCAGAUGCAGCUGAUCCUGCAUUACGACGAGACCUACCGCGAGGUGAAGUACGGCAACAUGGGGCUCCCCGACAUCGACAGCAAGAUGCUCAUGGGCAUCAACGUGACGCCCAUCGCCGCCCUGCUCUACACGCCCGUGCUCAUCAGGUUUUUUGGCACCAAGUGGAUGAUGUUCCUGGCUGUGGGCAUCUAUGCCCUCUUUGUCUCCACCAACUACUGGGAGCGCUACUACACCCUCGUGCCCUCGGCCGUGGCCUUGGGCAUGGCCAUCGUGCCUCUUUGGGCCUCCAUGGGCAACUACAUCACCAGGAUGUCCCAGAAGUACUACGAGUACGCCCACUACAAGGAGCGGGAGGAGCAGGCCCCCCGGCAGCGCCCGCCUCGGGGCUCCCAUGCCCCCUACCUCCUGGUUUUCCAGGCCAUCUUUUACAGCUUCUUCCACCUGAGCUUCGCCUGUGCCCAGCUGCCCAUGAUCUACUUCCUGAACCACUACCUGUACGACCUGAACCACACGCUGUACAAUGUGCAGAACUGCGGUACGAACAGUCAGGGCGUCCUCAACGGCUUCAACAAGACGGUGCUGCGGACGCUGCCGCGCAGCCGCAACCUCAUCGUGGUGGAGAGCGUGCUCAUGGCCGUGGCCUUCCUGGCCAUGCUGCUGGUGCUGGGUCUGUGCGGCGCCGCGUACCGGCCCACGGAGGAGAUCGACCUGCGUAGCGUGGGCUGGGGCAACAUCUUCCAGCUGCCCUUCAAGCACGUGCGCGACUUCCGCCUGCGCCACCUCGUGCCCUUCUUCAUCUACAGCGGCUUCGAGGUGCUCUUCGCCUGCACUGGCAUCGCCCUGGGCUACGGUGUCUGCUCGGUGGGGCUGGAACGCCUGGCGUACCUCCUGGUGGCUUACGGCCUGGGUGCCUCGGCCUCGUCCCUGCUGGGCUUGCUGGGGCUGUGGCUGCCCCGUGCCGUGCCUCUGAUGGCUGGGGCCGGGCUGCACCUGCUACUCAUUCUCGGCCUCUUUUUCUGGGCUCCGGCACCUCGAGUCCAGCAGCACACCUGGAUCCUUUAUGCAGCAGCUGUCCUGUGGGGCGUGGGCAGUGCCCUCAACAAGACUGGGCUCAGCACACUCCUGGGAAUUCUGUAUGAGGACAAGGAGAGACAAGACUUCAUCUUCACCAUCUACCACUGGUGGCAGGCGGUGGCCAUCUUCAUUGUGUACCUGGGCUCGGGCCUGCCCAUGAAGGCAAAGCUGGCCGUGCUGCUGCUCACGCUGCUGGCCGCCGCCGCCUCGUACCUGUGGAUGGAGCAGAAGCUGCGGCGGGGCCUGGCCCCGCGCCAGCCGCGCAUCCCGCGGCCGCAGCACAAGGUGCGCGGCUACCGCUACCUGGAGGAGGACAACUCGGACGAGAGCGAUGCGGAGGGCGAGCCCGGGGGCGGCGCCGGCGGAGGCCCGGAGGACGGCGCGGAGGAGGAGGCCCCGCCCGCGGGAGCCCGGCCGGGCGCAGAGCCCGCGGGCCUCGGCCGCCGCCCCUGCCCCUACGAGCAGGCGCUGGGGGGCGACGGGCCCGAGGAGCAGUGAGGGGCCACCCUGCCUGCCCGCCGCCUUCACGGCGCCCCGGGUUGGUGGGGGGGCGUCUGAUUCCUGCGCCCCCGACCCCUAUCCUGGGGCGCCCCUUGGGGAGCCUGCCCGGGGUCACUUGGAGCUUGAACUUGGGACCCACCCCCUGACUCCCUCCAGGUUGGUGGGGGCUUGAGGCCCCCAGGCCGGGCCUGGGCUUCCAGGGCCCGCACCCCCGAGGGGCCCCCACCCCCGAGGGGCCCCCCACCCCGGCGGCGUCCUCUCGCCGCGCGCUCCCCCGUCCCGCCCGACCCGAGCUUUGCGCAGCCUAACCCGGGUCCGCCAGGAGGCGCGGCUUGUGUAGAAAGUGACCGAAGAGAAGAUUCUGAAUCGCCCGGCUGGGGGCCGGGAGCCGCCG